AAAAGCUGGUGUCCCCACAUUAUCAUCUCCCUCCAAAAUUUGCUGAGCCAUGAAUACCAUCUUCUUCAUUCUCUCAUGGCCAUUCUUCUCUCCCUCUCACUCUCCCCUCACCCCCUGAACCCUAAACCCUGCUUAAUCCCCAAAACCCUUUCUCUUUCCACUGCAAACUCUACUCGUACCACUCUCCCCACUGGCACCAGGAGACAUUUGAUUAACAAGUUCACUUCGCUCUUCCUCAUCUCUUUUGCCCCGCUGCAAUUCCCACUUGCCCGUUCUUCGGCAUCGGCGAAGCCCUCGCUUUCCGGCAUCGUCAACACCAAAUCUUGGUUCCAAUUCUUUGGCAAUGGAUUUUCCAUUAGGAUCCCCCCUGACUUUGAGGACGUUAUGGAGCCUGAGGAUUUCAACGAGGGAUUGUCUCUUUAUGGAGAUAAGGUAAAACCGAAGACCUUUGCGGCGCGGUUUGCAUCUUCUGAUGGGGGGGCUUUUCUUCUUUUCCUUUCUGAGAGUGGCUUGUUAGAUUCUGAAGUUGUUAGUGUCAUAAUUCGCUCGACCAAUCAACUCAAGAUCACCUUUUUAGAGGCCCAAGACAUAACAGAUUUAGGUUCCUUGAAAGAGGCAGCAAGAAUCUUUGUUCCAGGUGGAGCAACUUUGUAUUCCGCUAGAACAAUAAAAAUAAAGGAAGAUGAAGGCUUCAGAACUUAUUACUUCUAUGAAUUUGGCCGAUACGACCAGCAUGUGGCAUUGUAUGCUGCUGUUAACAGUGGAAAGGCAAUUAUAGCUGGAGCAACUGCCCCAGAGUCCAAGUGGGAUGAAGAUGGUGUGAAGCUUCGUUCUGCUGCUAUAUCGAUGACAGCAGUAUAGCUGGGCUACCAGAUUUUUUACAGAUUCUUCGCAACUGGAAGCUACAGUUUAAUGAUUCAUUCAAACAAAUUUUGUACUCUAUUUUAUUGGAGCAAACUAUGUGACUCGAAGAUUAAUGAUAGUCGUAUGGGCAUCUCUAGCGUGGUAAUUGUAAUUGGCCAGUUUUCCGUCUUAAGAUGGCUGAAACGCAUUAUAGAGCUUGUGCAGCUAAGUUGAUAUUUUCUUUUAGAUUGAAAAUUCUUUAUGAGAACUUUUCCUUUUGGGGUCAUUUUUAGAAUUUAAGAAGGCCGGGUCAAGAAUACAUUAAGUUUCGGUGUAAAUGAAAUGAUUCCAGUCUUCACUGAAGUCAUUAGUUGUGAAAUUAGAUUUGUUCUUGAACAACUAGUAAAUAAAAGUGAAUACUGUAAGCUUAAAA